AUGAUUCCACCUCACAUUACAAGAUCCACAUUGGCAUGUUGCAUAAUUUUCAGAGUUCACAAUGCAGGGCUUAACCUCAUUCAGUUAUCCCAACUCUUUGCUUACAGGCAAAUGGGAUGGGAGAACCUGACGAGCGUCUCCGAAUUUUUCCUCCUGGGUCUGCCUUUACAGCCAGAACAACAGGAGGUCGUCUUGGGGCUGUUCCUGUCCAUGUACCUGGUCACAGUGGCGGGCAACCUCCUCAUCAUCCUGGCCAUCACCGCCGACGCUCAACUCCACACUCCUAUGUACUUCUUCCUGGCCAACCUCUCCCUCACCGACGCCUGCUUUGCAUCCACCACGGUCCCCAAGAUGCUGGCAAACAUGUGGAUCCAGAAUCAGGUCAUCUCCUAUGCAGGGUGUCUCUCACAACUAUAUUUUUUUAUGCUGUUUGGGGUGCUCGAGGCGUUCCUCUUAGCAGCCAUGGCCUAUGACCGCUACGUGGCCAUAUGCCACCCACUCCAUUACAUCAUGGUCAUGAGCCCUGGGCUCUGUGUCUUCCUCGUGUCUGCCUCCUGGGUCACGACCGCCCUCAGCUCCCUCCUGCACACACUCUUGAUGAACAGCCUGUCCUUCUGCGGGGACCAUGAGAUCCCACACUUCUUUUGUGACAUCAACCCCCUUCUGAGUCUGUCCUGCACAGACCCCUUCAUCAAUGAGGUGGUGAUCUUCACCGCCGGGGGUCUCACAGGCCUGGUUUGCAUGCUUUGCCUGAUGAUCUCUUACACGUACAUUUUCUCAACCAUCCUGAAGAUCCCCUCAGCUCAGGGGAAGCGGAAAGCCUUUUCUACCUGCAGCUCUCAUCUCUCUGUAGUCUUUCUAUUCUUUGGGACUUCCUUUUGUGUUUAUUUCAGUCCCCCCUCAACCCGCUCGGCACAGAAGGGCGCAGUCGCUUCAGUGAUGUACGCAGUGGUAACUCCGCUGCUGAAUCCCUUUAUCUACAGUCUGAGGAACAGAGACAUCAAGUCUUCCCUGAGAAAGAUAAUUUGGGUUAGGAAAAUUCAUUCUCCUCGGGGAUAG